CGCCUGCUGCCCAUCUACGUGUCAGCCGACCUGGCGGACACGGUGCUGUUCGUGGGGCGGGCGGUGCGGGUGCUGCGAAGGCAGCCGGCAGCAGGAGGGGCAGGAGGGGGAGGGGCAGCAGGAGGUGGGCCGCAUGAGCUGCUGCCGCUUCAGGACAUGAUGCAGUUCGGGCAGGCCUUCACCCAGCUGCAGUCCGAGCCGGAGCUCUCCCCCAUGCGGCUGGGCCUGGUGGUGGAGGGGCUGCGGGCGCAUGUGGCUCGGCUGCUGUGGCGGCUGCUGGUGGGGCGCGCGGGGCUGCUGCCGCACCUGGCGGCGCUCAAGGACUACCUGCUGCUGGCGAGAGGAGACUUCUGGAACACGUUCCUGGCGGAGAGCAAGCCGCUCAUGGCGGCACCGCCGCGGCCCCAGUCGGUGGACGCCGACCUGGCUGUGCCCCUCGCCCGCUCCGCCGCCAAGAGCAGUGCGGAGGGCGACCCGCUGCUGCCCGCCUUCAGCCUGAGGUACCUGUGGGGGCAGGAGGCGGAGGCGGCGUUCCAGAUCAGCAGCGGCAAGGUGGGGUCGGGCGGCCACCCGGUUCCCCCCCUGGACCCCUGCUGGGACCCGCUGGUGCUGGAGGUGCGUCUGGACUGGCCGCUGGGGCUGCUGCUGGGGCGGGAGCAGCUGCGGAGGUACAACCAGCUGUUCGCGCUGCUGCUGCGGCUGCGGCGCAUGCAGGGCUGGCUGGACGAUGCGUGGAAGGACCUGAGGGUCAUGGACAAGCAGCUGCAGCGGUCGCCCUCCGCCCCCUCCUCCUCCGCGGUGCCGCACGGGCGCAUGCGCGAGCUGCAGGACCUGCGCAACGUGAUGGCGCACCUGGUCAACAACCUGCAGAUCUACAUUCAGACGGAUGUGAUCGAGGUCAACUUCAGUGCGCUCGAAAACAAGAUCUCCAGCUGCCAGGACUUCUCCGAGCUGGAGCGGGCGCACCACGUGUUCCUGUCCACCCUCAUGGUGCAGAGCUUCCUCACCGUCCGCUCGCUGUGCGCCGUGCUGGGGGACAUCUUCCAGGACGUGGCGUCGCUCUCCCAGCUGGUGUCGCGGGCGGGCUGCGACCCGCAGCGACUGGACUUCGCCGCCAUCGCGCGUGUGCGCAGCAACUUCAUUCGUCACGCGACCGGGCUAUACAACACAAUCAGCAGUCAACGCAUGAUCGACUCCUUCCGUGCGCCCCAUCUGGCGCAGCUGGUCACCCGGCUCAACUACAACCUGUGGUACGGUGCAGCGAUGGGCAGGGGGCAGGGUUGAGGAGGAUGAACAACCGGGGUGACUGGAAAAACACGUGCGAGCGUGCAUGCAUGCGAAGUACGGCUGUCAGGACUGCCACGGCCCCAGCGGGUACACAGCUGUGUACACAGUUGGGGCGUUUGCGGCUGGGACUGUUUCCCGGGAUGUGCUGGGAGGCGCGUCCCGCUGCUUGUGUGCAUGUUUGGAGUGGUUGCCUGGAUGGCUCGUAGAUGAGGUUUGCCGGUUUGCCGGUUUGCCGUGCGGGCUGGGGUUGUAUGCAGCACCCGCUGCUGGCGGGGGUACUCAUCAUGUGCGGGGUGGUUCUGGGAUGGGCGAGGGAGGAGGUAUGGUGGGAGACGGUCGCCAUUAGCUGUGUUAAGGCGGGUGAGGUGACCUUCCUCACUGGUGCUGGCAGUCGCAAUCGGGAAGCGGGUGAUGGUUCACCAGUUGACACACUGUCAUUGGGACAAUGAGGCGGACAUGUACACUGCCGGUGUACAAAUAUAGGAGUACCCACC